AUGUCACUUGAAUGGGUUACCGAGCGACCGGGCGAGAGAAAGGAAGAGCCAGCUACGUGUAGCAACGACUUUCACAUGCCCGACGAUGGGGAAGUCAACAGACUUCUACGACCGGGAUUCGGCCUGAAGCUUAAUGCCAUGCCGGACAUCAUGUUCCCCAGCGCUGUGCUGGAUUGGUCUGCCAUCACCUUGACGUACGAGGAAUUGGCCAUGAUGUGGUUCAUAGAGCAAAUCACCAACAAGCCGGACUGGCACGUCAAGGUUUUCAACGAGGAGAUCAUUGCCAAGUGGAGGAACGAAGUCAUGGCCGUUGACUGGGCUGCCGUGGACCUCAAAUGGGCCCGGUUCACUGACGCCGUGUUUGAAUGCUGUAUCAAGGAACUUCAGAUGAAGGCCAAACUCUGCGAAGAAACCGGCAUGGUUCCCGUGUUUGAUGCCUCGGAAGCUGUGAUCAAGUCCGAUAGCGCCAUCACCGCAGACAUCAAGGCAGAGCUCAAGAAAGCAGUUGCCGCCUUGGAGGAUGUCCCGGAAGAGGACAAGGACUGGCACCCCGGAAGCGAUGGGAAGGUUCUUGACCUCGUUCAUCCAUCGCUAUGGCCACUGGCCUAUGGUGUCUCCCGCGUUCUGCCCGAUAAGCGGAUUCCUCUGGCUGACACCCUCAAAUUCUGCGGCUCGGGAGAAGUUGUCGCGGAGCCUGAACCCUUUAGCGUUCUGUGGUCUAACAAGUUUCAGUGGCUUCCGUGCGAAGUUGAGCUCAGCGCGGACGGCAAGCCCCGAAUUGCGAGCUACAUCAACAACUUGCAUCCCGAAAAGCAUCCCGACCUUUAUGCUGUCAUCGAAAAGGUCAUCGGCAAGGCUCUUCCAAUGUGGGACGUUCUAUACAAUUGGCCCGAAAAAUACGAGCUACAGCGCAUCGAGGUUGGAGCUGUUGAGAAUCGUCCUCAAGAGCCCGAUGAGAACCCUCGCGAGGAAGAUAACCACAACAGUGACUGGUGGGAAGACAGCGAUGACGAACCUGACACUGAGAUCGCCCGAAGAGACAAGAUCUGGUUCAAGCUAACCCACCCUGUCAGGAGACCGGAAGUUUCCCCUCAUGAAUAUUCCGAUCUGACUUCGAAGGAUGUCAAAGAGAGUGGAUUCUUCGAUGAUGCGAAGCGCGUCCAGGUCAUUGUCAAACUUGCCAACAUUCACCUCACCCCGGGAAAGCCGACAUAUGACGGUGGCUCCUGGCACAUCGAGGGUCAGCUCAACGAACACAUUUGUGCUACUGCUCUGUACUAUUACGACAACGAGAACAUAACAGAGAGCCGGCUUGCGUUCCGUACCACUACAAACAAGGAGGAAAACAUGUCGGAUAUCAGUUACGAACAGGACGACCAUUACUCCAUUGGCAGGACAUUCAAGAUCAAUCCCUCGGGCGAUACCAACCAGGACCUCGGCAGCGUUCUCACCCGCGAAGACCGCUUGAUCGCGUUCCCCAACGUCUACCAGCACUGCGUCGCCCCCUUCGAGCUCGUAGACAAAACGAAACCCGGGCACCGAAAGAUUCUUGCGCUGUUCCUUGUCGAACCGGCCAUCCCCAUCAUCAGCACGGCCAACGUGCCCCCGCAGCAGAAGCACUGGUGGAGAGAUGGUAUGAACGGGGGGCGGCUGCCGCCUGAGCUCAUGGACAUGGUUUGGGACAACUUGGACAUUCCCAUCAGUCUGGAGAAGGCCAAGGAAAUGAGACUGGAUGUGAUGAAAGAGAGAACAGCAAUUGGCGAGGCCAACAUGGACCGAGUGUCGAGCGAUAGAUUCAACUUCUGCGAACAUUAG